AAUUUUCAAAAAUGGUAGUUGGUGCCUUUCCAGCAGCCAAACUAGGGGCCUUAUUGUUGAAACAAAUCAGUAAACCGAUUGCCAAUGUCGUCAAAUCGCAGGCAAAGCAGCAUCCCUUUUUCAGAAAGUAUAUCUGCAUGCCACCAGCCCAGUUGUACAACUGGUGCGAGGUGCGCGCGAAGAUGUGGAUGUUGAAUUUGGGGAAACCAGUCAAUAUUCCAGUAUUAAACGAAGCCAUGGCCAUCGAACUGGGUGCCAAUCUUCUGGGCGAAGGAAUUAUAUUUAUUAUUGCUGCUGGGAUACUUUUAUCUGAAUAUAAUAGGUCAUCACGGAAAGAAGAGCAAAAAGAAGCAGCAAAGAAAGCAGAAAUGACAGCUUUAACUGAUGCUAUUAGGGAUUUGUUUAUACAAUCUGAAGAGCAGGGAGCCUAUAUUAGAGAAUUAACUAGAAAAAUGGGUGAAAUUGAAACAAAUGUGUACUCUGGUAAAAAUCAACCAAUACCUUCUUCUUUACCAGCAAGUAGGGUACCUUUGAAUAGUGACCCCAUUUACCCCCAGGAAACAGUGCAAAUAGAGGAAGUUUCUUGUAGCGAAGACUCACAAUUGCCCAAAAAUGCUGGAUUAAUUUUAAAUGCUGUAAAUAAUAUUGAACAUGAAUUCUGGAAUAACCCAAAACAAGAAAGAACACCUGGUAUUUUGACAAUGGGUUUAUCUCAUAUACACAAAAAUGUUCUUAGGAUUCAAGUUUAGCUUCAUUUUUUUGAAUUGUGAAUGUAGAUAUCCUGUAAUUAUACCUAAGAUUAUUUAUUUAAUUUUAUUAGGACC